GAUUACCACACCUAAAAACAUUGUGAUGCAAUGUUGUAUUUAUACAUAAUUAUAUUAGGUAGGUAUAUUAUAAAACCUUGUAUUUAAGAGUUUGGCAAACCAUUUCUUUUAAUUUCCCCGUAAUGCAAGACAUUCUUUUAUGAUAUUUCAUUAUCAGACAAACAAGCGGUGCUGUCAAAUUCCAACUGCCUAUUUCAAUUAGACCAGGAAAACACUUUUGAACUUCAAACAAAAAAAAGGCACUCUUUCGGUUAGUCUUCAAGUAAAAGCUAUUCAUUUUAAGCUGUAGAUUCCUAUGGAGGAGAACGAAUAAGAAACUCCAUAGGUUACUCUUUUUCAAUCAGGUUCACGAUACAAUUUGAAAUGUACUGUCAGAGUCAACAUGGCAUAUUCACUUUGCUUUAAUCUCUUACUAUUUACAUGCUGGUUCCGUUUCCGGUCGUUAUAUCGUAAACAUUGAAGUAUCGGUGCUCCGGAAAGUUUUUCCACAUUAAAUACACUACAGCCAUAGUUUAACAUUUCAUUCACAUCUUACGAAGAAAGAAGGAAGUUUUGAAGUUAAUAGUAAUAAUAAACAUUGCGCAUGGUUUGAUUACUAGAAGAAAUUCUGAAGAAACAAAUCAUCGAACUUUGAGGUUAGAAUUGUAAAUAGACAUUAUAGAAUAUUUUAAUUGCAUAAACGCUUGACUAAUAACUGUUAGACAGUUAGUGUCAUCUGUCACUACAGUGUUGCCAGCAAAUAAACCAAUUAUAAAUACGUUUCUUUACACGCAUAAAUAUAAGAAACAUGGAAGGCCAAUUUCAAUUACUUUUUGAUAAGAUGAAAAUCGAAAUGCAAAAGCAAACAUCGGAGUUGAGUAAUGCAAUAAUGGAAAAAAUAGAAGAGAAAUUAAAACCCAUUGUAGAAGAAAAUAAAAAUUUGAAAAUCAAAGUUGGAAACUUGGAGAAAAAACUAGAUUACUUACAAAGAGAGAAGAAAAGCAACAAUAUUAUAAUUCACGGGAUACUAGAAGAAGAAAAGUCUACAUUGGAGUUAUUCGAAAACCUGAAAAAAGUGUUUCGAAUCGAAUUAGGUAUAUCAAUGGAAGAAUAUGAUGAGAAAAAAAUCUCACGCAUUGGAAAAUCAAUCAAAGGCGACAAACCAAGACCUGUACUCCUUGGCUUGAAUAGUGCAUGGAAAAGAACUGAAAUACUGAAAAAGAAAAAGAAUUUUAAAAAUAUUUACGUAACAGAAGACUAUUCAAAAGAAACUAUAGAAAAAAGGAAAGCACUACAACCCAAACUCGCGGAAGAAAUGAAAAAAGGAAACAUUGCCUACAUAAAAUACGAUAAACUCGUCGUCAAAGAAAACACAAAUGCCAACGAUAAAAGAAAAAGAGAAGAUUCUAAUUCUCCUCAAGCUGAUAUACAACCAAAAAAACAGCAGACACUAAUGGCAUCCAAAAAUAACAGGGUAAACGCAUUUGAUUUCAUGAGGCGAUCAAACUCUCUCUCAACCAUCAUAACAGAGGGAAAACAAUAGCAACGAAACAAAUGCGAUC